GCCGAGAAGAAAAGGGAAUUGUCCUCCAACAGUCCCUCUGCAGAUGCCAGAGACUGUAGACAAGAUUAGGGCUGAGCAUUCGGUCGGAUACAUAGCCUAUUAACCAUGUUUUUUGUUUUUUUUUGGAAGCUUUUGUUUAUUAACAUCAUGAAAAACUUAAGCUCUGCAUAAAGAUGCUUCACUCCAGCCUUUCUAAUCUCUUAAAGGGACGGAUUUCAAGACCCCAACUUCUCAAAAUUCAUGCCAAAGUGUUUGUUUUAGGUGCCCAUCAAGAUAAUCUUGUAGCUACUCGCCUCAUUGGUCAUUACCCAUCUCAAUUAGCUCUCUCUGUGUUUAAUUACUUGCAUUCACCUAAUAUAUUCCCAUGUAAUGCCAUUAUUAGAUCAUUAGCUCAAGAGGGUUAUUCUGAUUCUGCUUUCUUGGUCUUUAAAAGAUUGAAUUUUUGGUCCCUUUUGCCUAAUGACUUGACAUUUUCUUUUAUUUGUAAGGCGUGUUUUCGAGCUAGUGAUGUUGGUUAUGUUAAGCAGGUUCAUACCCAUGUUUUGAAAUUGGGGUAUGGUGAUGAUUUUGUUGUCUGUAAUGGAUUGGUAGGUGUUUAUGCUAGGGGUUUUAGUGAUUUAGUGUCUGCGCGUAAGUUGUUUGAUGAGAUGCCUGAAAAGGGUUUGGUUUGUUGCUGGACAUCGCUGAUUGCGGGGUAUGCUAAGUUAGGUCAGUCUGAGGAAGCAUUGCAGCUGUUUUUAGUUAUGGUACGGGAUAAUUUGAGGCCGGAUGAUGAGACCAUGGUUAGUGUUUUAUCUGCUUGCUCAAAUCUUGACAUAGAGAACAAUGAGAAGUGGGCAAAGAUUCUAUCCCAGUUUGAAAAAAAUUGUGUUUCCAAAAGAUUUGGUUUUGAUGCGCUGUAUACUGUACUUGUUUAUAUAUAUGGGAAAUUGGAGAAGGUUGAAGAUGGCAGGCAGAUAUUUAAUAAAAUUUCUGCUCAGGGAAAGACAAGUGUGAUUGCUUGGAAUGUAAUGAUAGGUGCAUACGUUCAAAAUUCAGACGCGUCGGAGGCUUUGAGUUUGUUUAGGCAGAUGGAAGAUUUUAAGACUUGUCCCAACCAUGUUACAAUGGUUUCUGUGCUUUCAGCUUGUGCACAAAUUGGUGAUCUAGAACUUGGUCUGUGGAUCCAUGAGUACAUGAAAUCUAAAGAAUGGAAAGGUUGCCGUGCUUUGAACCGAAACUUGAAUACCACAUUGAUUGAUAUGUACUGUAAAUGUGGGGAUUUAAAAAGGGCUAGAGAUGUUUUCGGUGGAAUGUUCACUAAGGAUGUUGUCGCCUUCAAUGUGAUGAUCAUGGGUCUUGCAAUAAAUGGCGAAGGACAAGAGGCUUUGUCCAUGUUCUCAGGAAUGCAAGAUGUUGGCUUGAUCCCCGAUGCUGGAACUUUUCUUGGAGUUCUAUGUGCAUGUAGUCACUCAGGAUUCUUAGAAAAAGGACGUCAUGUGUUUGCAGACAUGAGACAACGAUUUUCUGUGUACCCAAAGUUGGAACACUACGCAUGCUAUGUUGAUCUUCUUUCAAGAUCAGGAUGCAUUCAAGAAGCGCUUGAAGUUGUUAUAUCAAUGCCAUAUGAACCUAAUGGUUUUGUAUGGGGGUCCUUACUUGGGGGAUGUGUUCUUCACAAAAAAUUAGAAUAUGCAGAAAACAUUUCCAAAAUGCUCGUUAGAGCGGAUCCUGAUAAUUCUGCCGGUUAUGUGUUGUUGUCCAAUGCAUAUGCUAGUGAUCGUCGAUGGGGUGAUGUCUCAGAACUGAGGUGUUUCAUGAAAGAAAAGGGUGUGAAAAAACAUUCAGCAAAUAGUUGGGUCAGCAUAGAAGGAGCUGUCCAUGAAUUUUUUGCAGGGUCCCCAUCACAUCCACAAAUUGGUCAACUUCUUGAUAUUUUGGACGGCUUGUCAAUGAAGAUGAAGUUGGGUAUUACUUAGGAAACUUAUGAUGUUCCAGAGAUGCAUAGCAUGCUCAUUGUUGAAAGUGAUAAGCGAUAGUGUUGCAAUUCCUCACAUUCUGCAGAUCAAAGUGGUCCGUAUGGAGCGGAAUGGGCAUCAUCAUUAGUAGGCUGCAAAUAUUGCUUCCUCCAAUAUACAGCCUCUUCAAAUUCCAGAUUGCACGUUUAGCUCUUGAGAAGCUAUUGAAUAACUGUGCUGGAAAAUAUGCUGCUAGAGAUGAAGCUUCAUUGGUUAGUUUCUUCUAAAUAGAUCUGUUAUAAUGUAUGCAUUUAUCUAAUUCACAAACCUAUAUGCAGCUGCUAUUAAUAAAUCUGGUUCCAUAGCAAAUCAAAUACCAUAUUAGUUGAAGUCAAGAGGAAACUCUAUUUUAUGUGGUAAGUGUUAUACUGAUACAGCCAGUCUUAUCUGUCCGAUGACGGCCCAAAAGUGUCUGUUUCCUCAUUUGGUCUAGGGGAACACAUUAAUGCGGGACCAGCUUUGCCUCACUGGUCACCACCACUCUCUCAUUCUUUUUUUUUUUUUUGAUUUUGAAAUUUUUGAGGAACAGGUAGAGUAAUCUUACAUAACUUUGAUUGCAUCUUUUAGUUGCGAAUUUAAAUACAUAUGGGCUUGAGGAAAACUACUAAACUAGACUCUUGCUUUUGCAUGUCAAUCUACUGAGUUUCUAUGUAAAGUUUUGCCCUUCUAAAAAUCAUCUCUUUCCUUUUUUAAAAUGCGAGGCUUCAUCUCUUAUGAAAUGAAAAAGAAGACUUCUGAGUCAUCUAAACAGGCUAAUUGUUCUGUAGCACAACAAGAAGAUCACCAAGCAAUAGGUUUGAAGUUGACAUGGCAGGUCCAACGCUAAAGGAUGCGAUGCCUGAAAAUCAGACGGACAGUCCAACAGUGGGUCUCCCAUAUUAAAUCUGAUCAUACAUCUUUAUGGGGAUUAGAAAGCUCCUUCUGAUUUCAGUGCACCCUGAACGGAUUGUUAUCAAGAAUGGGCACCCUGAAUGAGAAGUUUCAAAACUGUGCACCUUCUAGCCUUUUUUGGCAUACACAGCUGAGGAUAAAGGUUGGAAAAUUCUGGGACAUGUACGUCUAUCAAAAUGGGGAACAGAGUGGCAGUAGGCUUGAAUUUUUUGACAAUGCUGGGCGCUACUUGACCUGGCUCACAGCUUAAAAAAAACUGCAAUUCUGUCUGCCAUUUGGAAUGGCGUACACAAUCCUAUACAUUUUUUGCAUUUUUUUAACAUGUAAGUUGUAUCCAAUGGCGAACACGACAUUCAAUUUAUUAUUUAUCCUUUAUAUAUUAUAUUUUUGUUUUGUA